GGUACACUGAACCGUACACAAACCUAGCCCGUUAGCAAUUGAUUAGAUCACGUUUAUCUCAAACGUGUGCAAAUUGAUAUAAAUUGGAUAUGACAGACUUUCAAGAUUCUUCUUGCUCCCGAAAACCUCUAAAAAUCAGCUCACAAUUUCACAUACAGUUGUGCAAAUGGUGGUUGCGGAAUAUUUAAGUACUACAUUAUUAAAAAUUAUGUACAAUGAGACACUAGCAAACUAGGAGGAACAUUCAGAGGAUCGAAGACAUGACAACUUGGCUAAACAAGCAAAAACUUAUCCUUGUUUUUGACUUGCAUAUAUAUAAAUUGCUAACAUUUUGGUCUAAACCUUUCAUCAAGAAACAGCCUUUCUCAUCCACAUUCUUCAAACUCAGUUGAUCUGCAAUAAGAAAAUUAAGACAGCUUCAAAUGCCAAAUCAAAUGACCACAAAUCAUGUUCGUUCCACGAGCUUGCCUACAGCAACUCAUCCUCUCAUUGUGAAUGCAGAGCAGCAGUUGCAACGGUUAAAGUCAUCGGAAGGAACUUCCACAUCUUCUAACUCGACGAUAUGCCCAAAAUUGGAUGGGCUCAAAAAAUUAUACGAUUGUGUUGAUGAUGUUCUCAAGUUGCCAAUUACUCAACAGGUUCAUGAAAAACAUGCCAAAUUACUUGAACAAGUAUCUGAUGUGUCCCUUAAUGUUUUGGAUACUUGUAUCAUCACUAAAGAUGCUUUCUCACAGAUGAAAGAAAGUGUUCAACUACUCCAGUCGUCUCUUCGAAGAGCUAGAGGUGGAGAAUCUAACUUAUCCACUCAAGUUGAUGCAUACAUGGCAUCUAACAAGAAAUUGAACAAAGUGAUUUGCAAAUGUUUCAAAGAUUUGAAGCAGAAAGAAAAUAAUCAGUCAAUAGUAAUAGAAGAUUCUGACUUUACAUCAUUGAUUAGCCUAAUGAAAGGAGUUGAAGAUUUUAGUCUUAUAGUGUUGGAAUCAACUCUAUCUUUUAUCUCCCAUCCAAAGAUGAGAUCAUCAAGGGCAAGUAGUUGGUCUUUGGUCAAGAUGUUGAAGCCAAAGAGAGUUUCAUGUGAAGGAAUUGAUAUAUCUGAAGUAGAGAAGAUACACAUGGAGUUACUUCUUCUGAGAAACGAGAAGAUAGAUCAAUCACAGAUACUAAGUGCAAUUAAAAAAUUGCAGGCAUUUGAGUCGAGCAUUCAACAACUAGAGGAGAGUCUUGGAGCUAUCUUUAGGCUUCUCUUGAAAAACCGAGUUUCCAUUCUCAACAUUCUCAGCCACUAAUUAGU